AGAUGUACUCUUUUUAGCCAGUCAAUAUGAAUCUGCGAACACGUCUUAUGACGAAAGAAAAAACUAAAGAAAGAAAGACCUUUCUAAAAGUCGCCUUAAACAAAUAAUAAAUAUCUUUUCUUUGAAAUGUUGAAUUCUUUGAUCCGUUCUACCCUGGUAAACCUCAUCACUCUAUUAUCUUGUUCUGAGAAGAAAAGCAUUACAAAGCUUCAAUCAGCUAUCUUAUACAAUUCUCCAUAAGAGGAGGAGGAGAAGAAAGAAUUUUACUACAAAGGUUUGAUUUGGAGCGUUCUGUUCAUUUUUGUGCAUGCGGACAGCGUGUCACGUACGUUAAUUUCUUCUCUGUAAAUUCCCAAAGCUGUUUUCGAGGAGGACAAGGAAUUACUCACUUCUCUGGAUGUUUUUUCAUGCGGCCUUGUUGAGGAAUUUCUUUUUUCUAUCCAAAUCUGGUUUUUAAGGACAUCAAGAAUUUAAGCCAGUGAAAGAAUGGAAAAUGUUCUUGGCAAAGCAAGAUUGCGUUUUAAUGUGGAAGUGUUACUUGUGCUCUUAAUAGUGAUGAUGGGUGGAGGGGUAUUAGGCCUGUUUGUUGUUGAGAAUAACAGCAUACUUGUCAUAUCUCCAGAUUCUCUGAAAGGAAAGAAGGACGGUGCUAUUGGGAAUUUCGGAGUUCCAAAGUAUGGAGGGUCUAUGAUUGGGAACGUGAUAUAUCCAGAGAAAGGAGCAUCUGCCUGCACUUCCUUUGAAGAAUUGGGGGUGUCAUUCAACCAGUAUAAAUCCUCACCAACUCCUCUAAUUCUUUUGGUGAACAGGGGAGAAUGCUAUUUUGCAAAGAAGGCAUGGAAUGCACAAAAUGGCGGUGCUGCUGCUGUUCUUGUUGCAGAUGACCGUGAGGAGCCUCUAAAUAGCAUGGAUUCUCCUGAAGAUGGCAAAGGAUCUGAUGAGUAUCUUGAUAAGAUUUCGAUUCCAUCUGUGUUGAUUGAGAAAUCUUUUGGAGAUGACUUGAAAAAUACUUUGGGAAAGGGUGAAAAGGUAAUCGUCAAGCUUGAUUGGACUGAACCCAUGCCUCAUCCUGAUAAACGUCUAGAGUAUGAGUUCUGGACAAACAGCAAUGAUGAGUGUGGAACCAAAUGUGAUGAUCAGAUAGACUUUGUGAGAAACUUCAAGGGCCAUGCCCAAAUAUUAGAAAAGAGUGGUUUUACUCAAUUUAAUCCACAUUAUAUAACAUGGUACUGCCCCAAAGCCUAUAUCUUGAGUAAAGAGUGUGUAUCACAAUGCAUCAAUCAUGGAAGGUAUUGUGCUCCAGAUCCAGAAAAGAACUUCACUGAAGGUUAUGAUGGAAAGGAUGUUGUUAUAGAAAACCUCAGGCAGCUUUGUGUCUUCAGGGUUGCUAACGAAAGUAAUAAACCUUGGGUUUGGUGGGACUAUGUUAUAGACUUCCACACUAGGUGCCCUAUGAAAGAUAAGAAAUACAAUAAAGACUGUGCUGAGAGCAUCAUCAAAUCUUUAGGCUUGUUCACAGACAAGGUCCAGGAAUGCAUGGGCGACCCACAAGCUGAUGCAGAAAACCCUGUACUAAAGUCAGAACAAGAUAUGCAGAACGGACAUGGCCCUCAUGCUGGUGUAACUUCCCUGCCAACUCUGCUCAUUAACAAUGUGCAGUACCGAGGCAAACUGGAGAGAACUGCUGUAUUGAAGGCUAUAUGUGCACUAUUUAAAGAAUCCACUGAGCCACCAAUUUGUUUGAGUGGAGAUAUAGAGACAAAUGAAUGCCUGACAAAUAAUGGUGGCUGCUGGCAAAACACGGAGGCUAGUAUAACUGCUUGCAAGGAUACCUUCAGGGGCAGAAUAUGCGAAUGCCCCCUAGUGUCUGGAGUUCAGUUUCAAGGAGAUGGCUAUUCACAUUGUGAAGCCAUUGGAGUAGGUCGUUGUAGGAUUGAAAAUGGAGGUUGCUGGUCAGAAACUAAAAAUGAUGAAACAUUUUCUGCAUGCUCGGAAUCUCAAUUCAGUGGUUGUCACUGUCCUACUGGCUUCCAUGGUGAUGGGCACAAGUGUGAAGAUAUCGAUGAAUGCAAAGAAGGAGCUGCUUGUCAGUGCAGUGAUUGUACAUGCAAGAACAAAUGGGGAGGAUUUGAUUGCAAAUGUAAGGGAGAUCUUUUAUACCUCGCAGAACAGGAUACAUGCAUUGUAAAAAAUGCUUCAAGAUUUGACUGGUUCUUGACACUUAUUGCUCUAGCUGGUUUAGUGGGUAUUGUUGGUGCUGGUUAUGUGUUUUACAAGUAUAGACUUCGGUCAUAUGUGGAUACUGAAGUCAAGGCUGUCAUGUCCCAAUAUAUGACAGUGGAUAAUCAAACUGAGGAUCAACAACCUCUACAACAAAAUUCAGUUUGAAACGUGGUCUUUUUACCCUGAUGAGCUUUGGUACAGUUCAUAUUUGAAAGAGGACUUCAUUCAAGUGAGAAAGAAUAUGGAACUGACGUAGGCAUGAUGUUUUACUUACCACUGGAUUAUUUCUGCUACCUUGUUUAGCACUCAAUUCAAAUUUGAUUAGUUGUUUGUCUUCUUGUUGAUUGACUCAUUCAUAUGGGUAUUCAGUGCUGUUCUAUUUCCCUUACCGACGAAUCAGUUCCAGUUUUUGAAUCAAAUGUUAAAGAGAGUUAUUACAAAUAAGCAGGCAGAAGCUUUUGUCUAGAAAUGUAGUUGAUAGUCAUACCAAGGCCUCUGGGUUGAAUGUAAUAAUUGAGAAUCUAGUUAUGCAUGGUCAAACACACCUGGAUGUAAAAUGAUCAAAUUAUCAAUGAGAUUGAAUAAUUGUUUA